ACUGGAGGGUUUUCUUGAUUCUUCUGUUUUCUCCUCUCAAUCUCUACUUUAGCUUUAGCUGUAUAGAUGCCUGAUCGAGCGGCGUGUGAUGGGAUCCGCUCAAGUCCUGGGUUUGUUUGAUGAUGUGAACGCGAAGCUCUCAUGGCCUUCAGAUGUGAUCAGUCAUUUCCGCCAGAGGCCGAGAGGAACCAACUCGCUGAAAAAUCAGUCGAACAUGAUGCAAAACCCUCGAGAGGAGUUUGAGACGCAGAAACCGUGGCUGAUUUUUGAGUCUAUCUCCUGCGAUACUUGUGGAAAGUUACGAAGAUCAUGUUGAAAUUGUGAGGGUGUGGCUUUGAACUGGUGCAAAACUCACGAACGGAGAAGAGGAAACGGUGGCACGCGACCCAACCCAGCGCUUCGUGAUGUGAAGCGUUUCUACACUUCUACAAGUGUGUCAUGGUUCAAAUCUACAACUCCAAAUGUUGUGUAUAUGCAGAUACUGUAUAUGAUCUCAUAUCUCCAGACAUGAAGAGUCGAUUCCCUCAGGAUGAGGUUCACCAGUGACGUAAAUCAGGAUUAAACUGAUUCAACAGCGUCAGAUAUUCGACAGCAGCCGUCAUGUGCGGUUUAACCUCGGCAGUUCACACACACACUCAUUAAACCCUUCACACACACACACACAUGAGGCCUGAAUGUUAGAGAGGAGGUGAAACACAAGCAAGAUGAGGAGAGGCCGGAGAAAAGGAGGCAAUCGGGAGAAAGUGUUCGGAUGUGAUCUUCUGGAGCAUCUGACCUCCACCGCACAAGACAUUCCUCAGGUGUUGCGCAGCUGCGGCGAGUUCAUCGAGGAGCACGGGGUCGUGGACGGCAUCUACAGACUGUCUGGAGUCUCAUCCAACACACAGAAACUAAGGAGUGAGUUUGACACUGAAGGGUGUCCGGAUCUGAAUAAGGACGUGUAUCUGCAGGACAUCCACUGCGUGAGCUCCGUGUGUAAGGCGUAUUUCAGAGAACUGCCCAACCCUCUGCUCACGUACGAGCUGUACGACCGCUUCGCUGACGCGGUGGCCAUCCAGCUGGAGGACGAGCGGCUGGUCAAGAUCCGAGAGGUUCUGAAGGACUUACCGGCUCUUCACUACAGAACUCUGGAGUAUUUGAUGCGUCAUCUGGUCAAGAUGUCCACGUUUGCGUCCGAGACCAACAUGCACUCCCGAAACCUGGCCAUCGUGUGGGCCCCGAACCUCCUGAGGUCGAAGGACAUCGAGUCGACUGGCUUCAACGGGACGGCGGCGUUCAUGGAGGUCCGGGUUCAGUCCAUCGUGGUGGAGUUUAUUCUCACUCACGUGGCCGAGCUUUUCCCUGGAACAGGAUUGUCGGUGGAGCGCCGGAAGUCUCUCCCGUCUCCCUCGCUUCUGCCCGGCGACGAUCACUUCUUCAAGUCUCUCCCUCUGCACUGCCCGGGGAACCUCAGUCCCGGAGACGGGCCUCCCGCCAUGCGCUCGUACCACGCCAUCAUCGACGGCACCGACAAGAGGAAGGGCUCCCUCAAAGGAAGGAAGUGGAAGUCCAUCUUUAAUCUGGGCGGGAGACUCCACGAUCCCCGCAAGAAGAGCAAAUACUGUCCUAAAGACAAAGAGAAGACGACGCUGAGGCCGGCGAAGAGCAUGGACUCGCUGAGCUGCGGCCCGUUCCCCGCCGAAGAUUCGAAACAUCCUCCCGCUCAUCUUCCUCCUCUGCUUUUGGCCUCGGCCUCGGGCAGCUCAGAGGGCGUGGCUUCUGCUGGAGGGGGCGUGGCCUCUGCCGGAGGGGGCGUGUCCAGCGGAUACGCGGUGACGUACAGGCGGACGGGUGGAGCUCAGGUCAGUAUGGUGAGCGGAGGGACUCCGGGAACGUACAAUCGCCUGGACUCUGGGGGCGGAGCCAACGGGGCCGAGGGGGCGUCGCAGGGCGUGUCCCGAUCGCCAGCCAUGACCAGCAAAGCGGACCGGCGCGCCGGGAUCCACAUCUCCGGGCCUUUUUCCGUGACCGUCCCGCUUCACAUCACAUCCGGGCUGGCUCUGGGUGUGUUACACGGCGGCUGGAGCGAGAAAGAGCAAACCGUGGAGGAAGACGAGGACGUCAAGAGCAAACAUGACGAUGUUCAUGACGAGAGUAAAAGAGAAAUCAGUGUUUGCCUAGAAGAAGCUCAGGUGGAUUGUGGGAAGAAUAUGGUGGAUAUUAAAGAAGAAACUGUGCCAGAAGACGGACAUGCACCGAGUGACAAAGAAGAUCAGAUUCUGAAUCAAGAGUCGGUGAAGAAGGAAGAAGAUCCAAUCCCAGAGGUCAAAGAAGAGGAUUACAUGGAGAUGAAAGGAAACCAUCCGGCGCCGGCCAGUCCGCGCUUCUACGAGGACAUGGAGUUUCCAGACCAGGAGCUUCCGAUGGAUCUACAGGAGGCGUUCGGGUUCUUGGACUCGAUGGACAACUCUGCUUCAAACCAGGUUGAGUUUUCAGUCGAAGCGCCAUGUUUCGAAACGGAAUACGAGGAAGAGGAAGAUCAAAUCCAGGAUAAUCGGGCCGCUUCAUUCUCAUUACAAAACUGCACUAAUGACUGUGAGAAAACCACACACAGGCUUAUUCCUGGGAAAUCACACAGUUUGCCUUACAAGUCCCGGCCCUUCCUACCAGCUCUGUCAUCAUCAUCAUCAGACGACGACUACAGCCCUGCUGAUGAUGAUGACGACGAUGAAGAGUCUGAUAAAGGGUCUGAAUAUGAGGACAUGUUUUGUCACAGUCUCCCAUCCAGUCGGUGUUUUCAGGGUCUCUCUUGGUCGGGUCCGGAAACCACCGCUAGCAGCGAUGUCGCCGCCCACUGCAGUAGCCAAUCAGAAUGCUCAGAUGGGAUGCAAAACGCACUUAGUAAAGAUGCCGACCAAUCGGAAGAUGUGAUUCCUACAGACAACAGUGAAAACUCUGUUCAUCUCAGUUCAGGUGAAUUAAACACGGAUGAACACCAGAAAGAGGAGGAUGCUGGGAAUGAGAAACACACGUUGAUAAGGGAAGAUGAAGCCAGUGACGAGGACACGUAUUUCGGGCCGGACUCGAUCCCUUCUUCACCAGAGCCGAAAACUGCGGCCAAUGAGCUUCCAGGUGCCGGUUACCAUGGUAACAGUGAGGUGACGACCAAUGAGCUCACUGUCGUCGACUGCAUCUCAUUGGCUCCUCGAGAUCCACCAUCGGAGAAACAAACGGCGAUCAUGAGCGAGGAUGAGGACGGCAUCAACAGAGCCGACACCGAGGAAGGACAGUGUGAUGAUGAUGAUGAUGAAGAACACGCUGAUGAGAAGGAAGUGAGCGCGACUGAAAGGAGGGAAGAUUUGGAGGGAAACAGUGGAGAGGAGAAAGAGGGAAAUUCAACACUUGGAAGACAACAAGACGAGAGAAAUGAAGACUUAGAGUGUGAGGAAGAGGAGGAAGAACCUGUACAAGGAGAUUUAGUGGAAAAUACUAGAGAAAGUGAGAUCAUUUCAACGGAUGAAAUUAUAAAAGGAGAACAAGAUGAAAGAAAAGAAGAUUUAGAGGAAAAAAGGGAAGAAUGUGAGGAAGAGGAGCAAAAUUCAAAGGAUGAAACAACAAAAGAAGGAGAACAAGAUGAAAGAAAAGACGAUUUAGAGGACAAUAGUGGAGAAUGUGAAGAGGAAAAUUCGAUUAAUGAAACUGUGAAAGAAGGAGAACAAGAUUUAGUGGAAAAUACUAGAGAAAGUGAGAUCAUUUCAACGGGAGAACAAGAUGAAAGAAAAGAAGAUUUAGAGGAAAAAAGGGAAGAAUUUGAAGAGGAAAAUUCAACAAAAGAAGAAGAGCAAGAAUUAGAGGAAAAUAGUGGAGAAUGUGAGGAAGAGGAAAAUUCAACGGUUGAAUUUGUAAAAGAAAGACAAGAAGAUGAAAGAAGCGAAGAUUUAAUGGAAAAAGCAAAGACUGAACCUGUAGAAGAAGGAGAAGAAAGCCCUGAGGAGGAGGAGGAGGAGGAGGUGAGCCUGAACACAGACGCUUGUGUCAUUGAGGAGAUGGUCGAAGGACCAGAUGAAGCUGAGGAGAUUCAGCGUGAAGAAAACGACAGCAUCUCGUCAACAACUCCCAAACGCUCGGCCAAUCAAGUCAAAGCGGUCCCCGCCGUCCCGCCCAAACCUCAGAACUCAAAGCUCACGGCGUUGGCGCUCCGGCAGCAGUUCGAGCACAGACACGCGGCGGACGGAGCGCAGGAGGAGGACGCGGGGCCGAGAGCGCGGCCGGGGAGCUGGGACGGCGUGGUGGACCGGAGGAAAGAUCUGCACAGGGAAGCGGAGCGAGACGGGAAGAGGAACAGCGGCGUCAGCAUGUGCUUCGACGAAGCCGUCGCUCGCGCCACGGAGAAGAGGAGCAGAGAGAAGGAAAACACGGACCGGCUCUCCGGAGCGCACUGGGACAGAGACAGCAGGAAAGGGGAAAACUGACGAAAGCGCGUCUCCGC